CGUUUGUCCUCGUCCUCCUCGCUUUCCACUCCUCUCUCAUCACAUCACCACCCCGUGCCCCUCUCUCCAUCUCUCUGUAUAUACCCCUCUCUUUCAACUUUCAAACAAUCAACAAUCGAUUCGUUCAAUUCAAGCCUCUGUUUUCGCCAUGAUUUCUCACACCAAAAAUUUCUCCUUUGUCUUUUGCUCUGCCUUUCUCGUGCUGUUGGUAACUGGGUUUUCCACAAACCUUCCAAUAGUGUCCUUUGAUGAAGGCUAUUCGCAUCUAUUUGGUGACACAAAUCUCAUGGUUCUCAGAGAUGGAAAAUCUGCUCACAUCUCUUUGGACCAAAGAACAGGUGCUGGGUUUCUGUCACAAGACCUUUACCUCCAUGGCUAUUUCAGUGCUUCGAUAAAGCUUCCUGCAGAUUAUACAGCUGGUGUGGUUGUUGCUUUCUAUAUGUCGAAUGGUGACAUGUUUGAGAAGAACCAUGAUGAGAUCGAUUUCGAGUUCUUGGGGAACAUUAGGGGUAAAAAUUGGAGAAUUCAGACAAAUAUUUAUGGAAAUGGAAGCACAAGCACUGGGAGAGAAGAGAGAUAUGGCCUCUGGUUUGACCCCUCUGAGGAUUUCCACCAGUAUAGCAUCCUCUGGACUCCGAAUGUUAUUGUAUUCUACGUCGACAAUGUCCCCAUAAGAGAGAUCAAGAGGACAGAAGCCAUGGGUGGGGACUUCCCCUCUAAACCAAUGUCCUUAUAUGCAACAAUAUGGGAUGGGUCCAGUUGGGCCACAAAUGGAGGAAAAUACAGAGUCAAUUACAAAUACGCCCCUUACACCGCUGAGUUUUCCGACUUCGUCCUCCACGGAUGCGCUGUCGACCCCAUCGAACUCUCCAAGUGCGACACCCUUCCGAAACUGCCCACCAUGUCAAGCCAACAGCGAGUGAAGAUGACCGCGUUCAGGAACAAGCACAUGCAAUACUCGUACUGCUACGACCGCGCUCGAUACAAGGUCCCUCCCUCCGAGUGCGUGAUCGAGCCCAAGGAGGCCGAACGCCUCCGAGGAUUCGACCCCGUGACGUUCGGAGGCACCCGUCGUCUUCACAAGAGGCACCACCGUGUUAGGCCAACUAGGGCUGAGGCAUCUUCCGUUUGAUCGGGUUUGAUCGGGUCAUCGGGCACAUGUCCCGUUGAUUUAGGUCCGUGGGGCUGUGAAUAGAAGAAUGAGAGCUAAUAGAGGGAAAGGGACAUAUGGUAAGAGAUUUAUUCCUAAAUGGGGCAUUGAUUAUGAUAUGAUUUGGUAUGUGUAUAUUUCAUUUCAUACCUUUAGUUUGCCCCAUUCAGUUUUUUCCUCAUUGGUAUUACUAUUAUUGUCGUUAUUAUAUAUACAUCCUUGGCUUUAUUGAAUUUAAUUUUGAUGAA